AUGGAUCGAUCACACAUAUCUAAGUUGGACAUUAGCUUGGACAAUAAGAAACAACACUAUCUGGCUGGCGAUAAAGUAUCUGGCUCAUUGGAAUUGACAAUACUUGGACCGGAAAGUACGCCCUACCCGCACAUAGGGCUAGUAUGUGUGGCCGAAUCCAAAUGGGUUGAGAGCGCCGGCACUUACUUCCACCGCGAGGGACAGGAGUACAAAGAUCAGCGCACUUACGUUGAUUUGGUCUACAAAAUGCCCGACCAAUAUUGUGACAAGUGCAUGGGCCCGGGUGAUCAUGUCAUACCAUUUGAGUUUACUUUGCCGGAUGAAGGUAUUCCCGCAUCAUUUGAAGGCCCAAACGGAUCGAUACACUAUUACAUAACUGCUAACAUUGACCAGGCGCAUAAGAUUUCAUAUAAAUUUACUGUGGACUCACCUAUGCAAACUAAUUUUAAAGUCUCAGUGGGUGGCACCGUUGAGAAGGUGUUUGACUUUCCCAGCAUUGGCGGUGGAAUUAUAAGACUCCAUGCUAGUUUGGUUAAAAAAGGAUUUGCUCCGGGUGACACUAUUGUGGUCCACUGUACGGUUGAGAAUCAUUCGACAGUAGAUGCGACCCCUCGGGUCACUCUAUACGAGACUCAGGUGUAUAUGUGUGGCGAACGGCAUAAGUCACUGCAGGCGGCCAUAACCGGACCGGAAUUGGGCCAUACAGUCGGCCAACAAACCUGUGACACG